GGAGGGACUUUAACAGAUAAAGGACGGACUUGUUGCAGUUGCUAUAGGAUUCUAAGUUCAGGUGAUCAUUUUGAAAGAAUCAUCUACAACAAUUAAAACCAUUUACAUGUCUGUGGGUCAAUCAUGGACCAAAAUCAAGAUCUGAGUAAGACAACAAAGACAAAAUCUUCAGAGGAAAAGAAAACUAGGCACUGUGAUGGAUUCAAGAUGUUCUUGGCAGCCCUGUCACUCUGCUAUAUUGCCAAGGCACAAGGUGGAGUCAUUAUGAAAAGUUCCAUCACUCAGAUAGAAAGGAGAUUUGACAUAUCCUCUUCUCUUGCUGGUUUAAUUGAUGCAGGCUUUGAAAUCGGAAAUUUGUUGGUCAUUGUAUUUGUAAGUUACUUUGGAUCCAAACUACACAGACCAAAGAUGAUUGGAAUUGGUUGUUUAACUAUGGGAAUUGGAGGUAUUUUGAUUGCUCUACCACAUUUCUUCAUGGGACGUUACAGGUAUUCUAGAGAAACUUACACUGAUCCAUCAGAAAAUUCAACAUCAAGCUUAGCAACUUGUUUAAGUAAUCAAACUUUAUCAUUCAAUAGAACCUCGCCUGAGAUAGUGGGAAAAGGUUGUGGAAAGGAAACUGGGUCAUACAUGUGGGUAUAUGUCUUAUUGGGUAAUAUGCUUCGUGGAAUAGGGGAAACUCCCAUAGGACCAUUGGGGAUGUCUUACAUUGAUGAUUUUGCCAAGGAAGGACGUUCUUCUGUCUAUAUAGGUUUUUUGGGUGGAAUAGGAAUGAUUGGUCCAAUCCUUGGCUUUAUAAUGGGAUCUCUGUUUGCUAAACUCUACGUGGACAUUGGAUACGUAGAUUUGAGCACUAUCAGAAUAACUCCUAAGGACUCUCGUUGGGUUGGUGCUUGGUGGCUUAGUUUCCUUGUGUCUGGACUAUUUUCCGUUAUUGCUUCCAUACCAUUCUUUUUCUUGCCCAAAAAUCCUUAUGCACAACAGAAAGAAAGGAGAAUUUUAACAUCUUCACAUGUGCUCAAAACAAAUGAAGAAAGGAAUAAAACUGCUAGUUUGCUCAACCAUAAAAGCAAUAUUGCUGAUAAUGUGACUGGUUUUUUCCAGUCUUUGAAAAGCAUCCUCACCAAUCCCCUAUAUGUUAUAUUCCUGGUUUUGACAUUGUUACAGAUAAGCAGCUUUGUUGGUUCUUUUACUUACGUCUUCAAAUAUGUAGAGCAACAGUAUGGUCAUUCAGCCUCUCAGUCUAACUUUUUGUUAGGAACCAUAACCAUACCUGCUAUUGGAGGUGGAAUGUUUGCAGGAGGAUAUAUCAUUAGAAAAUUCAAAUUUACCUUAGUUGGAAUUGCCAAAUUUUCAUUUUUUACUUCUGCCAUGUCUUUUCUCUUUUACAUGUUAUAUUUUGCUACAAUCUGUGAAAGCAAAUCAGUUGCAGGCCUAACCUUGACCUAUGAUGGAAAUAAUCCAGUGACAUCUCAUAUAGAUGUACCACUUUCUUAUUGCAACUCUGACUGCAAUUGUGAUAAAAGUCAAUGGGAACCAGUCUGUGGGAACAAUGGAAUAACUUACAUAUCGCCUUGUCUAGCAGGAUGUAAGUCUUCAACUGGCAGUAAAAAGUCUAUGGUGUUUUAUAAUUGUAGUUGUGUGGAAGAAACUGGUUUCCACAACAGAAAUUACUCGGGCCAUUUGGGUGAAUGCCCAAGAGACGAUGCUUGUAAAAAGAAAUUUUACAUUUAUAUAGCAGUGCAAGUCUUGAAUGCUUUUUGCUCAGCACUUGGAAGUACCACAUACAUCUUGCUAGCUGUUAAGAAUGUGCAACCUGAAUUGAAAUCACUUGCCUUGGGUUUCCAUUCACUGUUUAUACGAACACUAGGAGGAAUGCUAGCUCCAAUAUAUUUUGGGGUUCUGAUUGAUAGAACAUGUAUGAAGUGGUCCAUGAACAGCUGUGGGAAACAAGGGUCUUGUAGGAUAUAUAACUCUACAUUAUUUGGAAAGUUAUACUUUGGAAUGACUAUAAUCUUAAGAUUCCCAGCACUUAUUUUAUAUAUUAUAUUGAUUUGGGCCAUGAAGAAAAAAUAUGAAGGAAAAGAUACCAAGCCACCAGAAAAUGAAAAAAAUGUCACAGAUGAAGCUAACAUGGAAUCCUUAAAUAACAAUGGAUGUUUUGUACCUUCUGCUGGAGCAGACAGUGAAACAUGUGCUUAAGGGGGAAAGAAAAUCACUUCUGUUGCUGUGUUUCCAACCAACCUUAUAUUGAUUCAAUAAGACAUUAUUUUUGAGUAAUUCCUGCUCUUUUCAUUGAGAAUUUCCACAUUCUUUACUUACGAUGGAACAAUGAAUAAG